AGAUCGGAUCUACUCGCUUUCCUUUCGUCCACGAAUUUUGAUACACUCUUCCUUGUAUCGAUCUCAUUGCCACGUGUCGAUCAUUUCGUGACUCUUUUUUAUAUAACCUAAGAAAAAUAUUAAUAAUUUUUUAUUAUUUUUUCAACAACAAAAAAAAAAUUAUUCUUCAGCGCAGAGAGCUUGUUAGAGAGAGAAAAAAGCUCGAGGAAUCUCGCAGAAAUCUCGGUUCGAUUUCCCGGGUUGGAUUAGGGCUAAUCUGUUUCGUUUUCCUUUUAUUUUCUUUCUGGUUUUCUCAGGAAUUUCUGCUGUUUAUGAGAAUUUGUUAAUAUUCAGCAAUUGCUAUGUAGGUACUUGGGAGGGACACGAACCUGUGACUCUGUUGAGGAAACUACAUGUCUGAACAUUUGAGCUACCCACCUGGGUAAUUGCUUAUGUAAUUACUUUUAGAAAUGUGGGGUUUGAACCAUUGGAUAGCAAAGCACUAGUUUAGAGGCACAGGCACAAGCCGACAACAGGGCAGUUUCUUGGCCUUGAAAACAACCCAUGAGAAAAUCUUUUUCGUUUACUGGAAGUCAAUUGUUCAGAAAAGUGGUUAGCUUUCCAGCGUCAUUAUUUGUAAGAUUGGAAGGUAUACAAUGAAUUGCACGAUUCAGAUUCAAUUAGGAUAACAAUCAACGCAAAUGUAAAAUUAAGGGUUGUUGGAGGAACAAGAGGUGAACAGUGGCAGGCCUAGGAGUCCCAUCUCUAAGUAAAAAGCAUAAGUGCAGAUAGCUAACUAAUCAUACAGUCAUAAAAGAUGACUUCAGAUCAAACUCUUGCAUGUGUUCUCGGUGGAGGAUAAAGAAUCUUGGAGGAAUGUCAGACUUGUGCAUGUAUGAGCUUGAAGAUAACGUGUGGGAUGAAUUUGAAGAAAGUGAUGAUCAUAUAGUGCCUCAUCCUAUUAAUACACAUGGAGAUCAUUCACCAAAAGAGGGGAGUGGUUGCAAGAAGCGACAGAAUGAAGUAAUUGAUGCUGCUAAUACUGAUACUUCAUCUAAAUUAUACCAUAUCCAAGGAAAGGAGAAAAGAAAAUUACCUUCUGUGACAAGUAACCACAGUAUGUUGGAAAAGAGUCCAUGGGCUCACAGUCCUGAUAAUUUGUUUUCUGCACGUGACAAUGAUGCAAUGAAAGAAGUGACUAGUAUAGCAUCUGAUGAUACAAUGAGGUCCACAUUUUCUUUCAAAAGUAGCAAUGUGGAAUCCGAAGCCCAUGAUUACUGUAAUGAUGAUGCUAUCAUGGGUGAUCGUUGUACUGCAGUCGAUAAUAAUGUAUAUCGUUAUCCACUUGGUCAAGUACCCCAAACUGGCAAUGAUCUCAGUUUCUUUGAUAAUGAUAAUGAAGACAAAGAAAAUGCGGGUCUGUUAUUUUAUGGGUGGCAAGAUAUAGGAAAUUUUGAAGAUGUUGACAGGAUGUUUAGCAGAAAUUGUGACUCAACAUUUGGAAUAGAGAGUCUCAGCAAUGAUGAGGAGUUGUGCUGGUUUCCUCCUACAAAUGCAACUGAAGGGUCUGAAAACAAGUCUGGAUUAAAGUUUUCAGGUUCAAAUGCUAGUUCAUCAGUAGGUGUUUCUAAUCAUGAUGAAGAUUUUAAGCAAGACGGUGUAGGCUAUUCAACCCAUUCAGAAAAGAAAAUUGGCUCUGUUGGUAACAGUGUGUGUUUACAAAAUACAGAUGCUGAUGAUCCCGCUGCUCUUGGUCAUUUAUCAUUUUUAAAUGGGUUAGAUACAAAAUCUGGAAGCGAAGAUAUCUUUAUGCCAAAAGAACAAAUUACAUUGAGUAAAAAGCAGCCAAAGCAACAGACUCAGUCAGAAGGGGAAAACACAGAUCAAUACCUAGAAAGUGGUAUUUCUUUUCAGAGUUAUGAUAACUUGAAUCAAUUUACAGAUAUGAAGCAUCCUCAUGAAGAACUAUCCAAUCAAGUUUAUUCUACACAUAGUAUUCAACAACAUAAGCAAAGUACAGAAUCAGAUUCGAUGAGUUAUGUAAAUAGUAAACUUCCGUAUAUGCACCUGGACUACGCUCACGGUUCCGAUAUUUCAGUCUGUCCAACUCCCUCUGGUACAAAAUCGGAGAACAAUGGUUGUCCAUCUCCUGCCUUGAAGGAGUCUUCCUGCACAUCUAACCAGUUGCAGUCUAUGGAUGGUUCUCGUGAUGCAUCGACAGUGACUCCUGCCAUAACAAUGAGUGGAAAGAGAGAAAAGUUAUAUAGCUGCCAAAGUGUUCAAUCCUCUUUUACAAAGAAUUUUGAGAAUGUGGCCUCAACAAGUCCAAUGGCAUUUAACGGUGCAGCUUUAAAUCAGAAGCAAUUGCAACAAUCUGAAAGGCAGAUUGAAGGUCAAAGUGAUGUUGAAGGAAGCAGCCUUGAUGCUCCAGCUGAAUUGGGCUCUUCGACUGUACAGGAGAAGUCUUGCCUUAGCUCUGUACUAAAUGAUAUCUCAGUUGAAGCAAGAAGUUUCCGCCAGCUGCAGCAAGUUAUGGAAAAGCUGGAUGUCAGGACAAAAUUGUGCAUAAGAGACAGUCUUUAUCGCUUGGCUAGGAGUGCUGAACAGAGGCAUAAUUGUGCUAAUCAAAGAAGUGGCGGUAUAGAUAACAGAGAUAGUAAUGGAGCGUUGAUUAUUGACGAAACAAACAAGUGCACCACUGGAUUUAUGGACAUUGAAACUGAUACGAAUCCAAUAGACCGGUCAAUAGCACACUUGCUUUUUCACCGACCUUCAGAUGCAUCUAGAGCUAGAGUCCCUUCUAAUGAAAGAUCUCUUAGGCCUCAUGUUUUGAUUCAGGAGCCUGUUUCUAGUCCUCCAAUGAUGGCUGAGAAGCAGGUUUUCCAGGAAGAAACAACAGCUCACGGUGAAAAAGAGACACUGAUAAAUGAUGACAGAUAAACCAUGGUUAGCAUCAGUACAACUAUUUAGUUAAGAAGUACUUUUAAUGUCCCAUAAAUAAUGUUUUCUGAGGCCCAAUGUUAGUGAAAGGUCAAUCCCAUGUGUUUGAUCUUGCCUGUUUUAUUUUCCUAGUAGUAUUUUUCGUUGUGUAUCCGGAGUGGUAUGAAAAGUUGUUUGUUUGUUCUGUGAUCUAUCCAUCAGAGUCCAGAGUAUGCUAUUCCUUCUGAUGUUGGAAUUACUCUCAUUUGUUACUGGCAAUUUUAGCCUUCUCAUCAUUUAUUGAUAUUGACGUGUAUUCUAACUUGGCUCCAAGAUAAUUUAGGAUUGUGGAUAUAUUGACCUUCUAAACUUUGUUUGUAUCUAUUCUCCUGGGCUCUUUAUCUAUAUAUAAACUACAGAUCAUUGUAACUCAAUUUCUUGUUUAAGCCAAAUGGACUCAUUAGGUCUUACAAUUACUGUCUAUAUUUACUUCAAGUCUCACCCAACAAACCUCUUUAGUUUUAAUUAGACUUUAAUGGUGGUAAAGGUAAAAUUUCCCAAUCAUCCAUGCUUUAUGAUUUAGUUGCAGAGUUAGUUUGCUAUCCAUUUUCUCUCUUCUACUGCAGGUUCAAUAAACAUUGUAUGGCAUCACCAAUUGGCAGACCUUCUCAAUCAUCCAAUUCAUUGAAUGAAGUUGAUUGCAGAAUGAGUUUGCCAUCAAUUCUCGCAUAUUCGCAUACAGGUCUAAUACUUGAAACUGGUGGCCAGUGUUUAUUGCAGAAGCAUUUAUUUUUGCUCUUUUGCCCAAAACAAAUUCUUUACCAGGGACUUCAAGUUAAAUAUCUUGCUGGCUUCUAACUGGCUCUCCAUUGAUAUUCGUGUUCGUGUACUAUUUCAGGGGUGGCAAUAGAACCUAAAACUGUCAAAGGUUUCAAGUUUGAAAAUCCUAUCAGAUUGUGUUGCCUAGCUCUCUUGUAAAUAAUGCUAAUUGCUAACUGUUGAUCAUUUACAAUCUGAUGGCAUCUGUCUAUCUUGUUCCUCAACCGGAUUGAGUUCUCUUAUUCUUUCUGUCCACAUUCGGACUCCGAACUUAUUUAGAUUUCUCCUCUUAUGUUAUGACUUGGUAGUGUAGAAACCGGAGGUGCAGGCAGCAUGCAGUUUGACUCCAUUUCAUAGUAUGCAUUUAGUGUACACUGAUUUUGCAAUAGCUUGAAUUAACACAUUGAGAUACUCGUUCAUUAUGUAUAUACAUGUAUGGCUUCUUUUCUUUUCUCAAGUA